AUGCGUCUCCCUUACGCCCCCAACACUCCCCCCUCCGAGGGCGACAACAUCACCGAAACAACAGAGAUCUACUCCCGCAUCGCCGCCCGCCGGCACCCCCGACCACUCAUCCCACUGGACCUUUCCCUGCUGCACAGCCCCCCGGUAGCCGACGGCUGGAAUAGCUUCCUGGGCGCUAUCCGCACACGCACCGUCGUCGACCUAGGCCUCCUCGAGCUGGCCGUCUGCCGCGUCGCCGUGCUGAAUGGGGCCGUGUAUGAGUGGAAUGCCCAUGCGCCGCUGGCGCUCAAGGGCGGCGUGACGCCCGCGGAGCUGCAGGCUUGCCGGUCCCUACCCUGCACGGCUGAGGGAGACGAGAAGGUGUCGGCGUUGGAGAGCAGUGUGUUGACUGCGCGACAGCGAGCAGUGCUGCGGUAUACGGACCAAAUGACGCGCACGAUCAAGGUGGAGGAGGUGGUGUUUGCGCAGCUGCAGAAGGAGGGAUUCACGGAUCGGGAGAUUGUCGAGUUGACGACGGGGAUUGCGGGAUAUAAUUGCGUCAGUCGGUUUUUGGUCGCUUUGGAUGUGGGAGAGAAUAAUGAUCGCGAGAUGAAAAGUGUGGAGGAAUUGAUGGCUGCGCUGAACACCAUCCCCGUUCGAAUUGAACACAUAAUCCUAGAAGAAACUAUUCGAUAUACCAAUUACGAGAUUGAUCAGCCAGUGAUCGUAGCAGAGGUGAAACGAUCAUUCUUGAUCGACUCCUUCUCCCAAGACAACCCACACCCGCACAACUCGACAGUUGACACGACGCCCGCGCCGCAUCCCACCAAAAGCUUAUCUUAUCGCCUGUGCCCCCGCCAGAACGGACAGAAAACUUUCCGCGGGGAAGCGAAACCCACGCGACGUCAUGACACAACCUGCGCUCGUCGAGGUCGAUGGCUCGCGGUCUCGAAUGAACUGAUUCAUAUUCCAAUUUGUACCCUCAAUUCCGCCCCGAUGGGACAUCUGGAAGAUCAAUGCGCCUCGCUACAGGCGCGCAUUGCCGCUACCGAGGUGCAGCUUGCCGAUCUCAAGCAGGAGCUUGCCCGAGCCCAGGAAGCUGUCGCAAAUGCCCAGACCCAAAAAGGAGAUCAUACACCGGCACAAGAAUCGCAGGGCCGAUCCUCUUGGCCUCUGGGACCAGAGGAGUACAAGAGGUAUGGUCGGCAGAUGAUCGUAUCGCAGGUGGGGUUGCCGGGCCAAUUGAAACUCCAAGCAGCGAGGGUGCUUCUGGUUGGCGCCGGUGGUCUUGGAUGCCCUGCAGCACAAUACCUCGCCGGAGCGGGCGUUGGAACCCUUGGCUUGAUCGACGGGGACACGGUCGAAGUCUCCAACCUGCAUCGUCAAGUCCUCCAUCGGACUCGAAACGUUGGCAAAUACAAAGUUGACAGUGCGAUCGAGUCGUUGAAAGAACUAAAUCCGCACCCUACAUACAUCGCGCAUUGCACACAUCUCACCCCCGACGAGGCGCCUGAAAUUUUCGCUCAAUAUGAUCUUAUUUUGGACUGUACUGAUAACCCCGCCACGCGAUACUUGAUCUCCGAUACAGCCGUGCUCCUGGGGAAGCCACUGGUAUCUGCAUCUGCGCUCCGCACCGAGGGACAACUCAUGGUGCUCAACAACCCUCCUCGCCCACCGGGCGACAAGACGGGAGGACCCUGCUAUCGCUGCGUGUUUCCGAAACCACCACCUGCGGAUUCCGUGGUCAGCUGUGCGGAUGGAGGUAUUCUGGGUCCUGUGGUGGGAACGAUGGGCGUGUUGCAGGCUCUGGAGGCGAUUAAAGUGAUCACCGCCGGUACCAGCUCAGCAAAUCAGCCCGUCACGUCGAGCACGCCCGAGUCACCUCUUCUACAUAUGUUCUCAGCAUACUCCAAUCCUCUAUUCCGCACUAUUCGUAUCCGUUCAAGACGCGCAAAUUGUGCAGUCUGCUCGGCAGAAGCAACAGUCACCUUGGACACGAUCACUUCUGGAUCCACAGAUUAUGUGUUUUUCUGCGGUUCGGCAAAUCCGCCCGCACUCCUGGGCCGUGACGAACGCAUCUCUGCACUCAAAUACAAGGAGCUCGUCUCGCGAGCUGAAAGUUCCUCUGAUAAGUCGCCGUCAUCCAAGGAUCGCCACAUGAUCAUCGAUGUGCGAGACAAGACACAGUUUGGAAUCUGCAAUUUGGAAAACAGCAUCAAUAUCCCGAUUACGGAGAUCCUGGCGUCUGAUCCCUCUGACGCCACGCCUUCGUGGGUACCGGCCCAGCUGGUCGAGGCGGAAUUAGAUGAGCCUGUGUACGUUGUUUGUCGACUCGGUAAUGAUUCCCAGCUCGCCGUUCGACGGAUGAAAGAGUUGGGGUUGGAUCGUGGCGGCCAAAGGUUUAUCGGGGACAUUCAGGGCGGCCUGCGAGCGUGGCGCGAACACGUUGACCCUGAAUGGCCUGAAUAUUGA